AUGAGCAAUUACGAUAUCGAACGUAUCAAGAACCUCCUCGGUACCCAUGAGGACUUUCCCCAGAAGGGAAUCGUUUUCAAGGACAUGUUCCCAGUGUUUCAGGACCCCACAGCCGUCGAAGCUUUAAUCAGCAACAUUGUCUACCACAUCAACUCCACUUAUCAAGAAAAGAUUGACGCUGUUGUCGGUUUGGAUGCACGAGGUUUCUUGUUCGGUCCUUUGGUCGCUCUCCGUCUUGGUGCAGCAUUUGUUCCUGUCCGUAAGCAAGGAAAGCUUCCUGGUGAAUGCGUUUCUGCUGUGUAUGAAAAGGAAUAUGGCAAGGAUAUUUUUGAGAUGCAAGUGGGUGCUGUGAAACCUGGUGCCAAGGUGAUUGUGAUUGAUGAUCUUAUUGCUACUGGUGGUUCGGCCGGUGCGGCCGGUGAAUUGGUUCGCAAAUGCGGUGGCACUACCGUUGAAUACGUUUUCGUCAUGGAGCUCGAAUUCCUCAACGGUGCAAAGAAGUUGGACGCUCCCGUGUAUUCUUUAAUCAAAUUGUAA